AUGUCCAAAGCAGCUCAGGGGACCUACAAUCUCCAGAUGCCCAAUGGACCUCAGAGGAUGGACUUGCAUGUAGAAGGUACUGCUUAUUAGCUUUCUCGCUCAGCUCUGGCACCGAAGAAAGGCUCCAAGAAGGCAACACUUAAGGCACAGAAAGUGGAGAAGAAGCACAAAUGCAGCCACAAGGAGAGCUACUCCACCUACGUGUGCAAAGUGCUGAAGCAAGUGCACCCGAAUACAGGCAUCAUAAACUCGUAAGUGAAAGACAAGUUCGAGCGCUUUACCAGCGAGGCCUCCCGCCUGGCGCAGUACAACACGCGUUCCGCCAUCACGUCUCCGGAGGUGCAAACGGUCAUGUGCCUGCUGUUGCCGGGGAAACUGGCCAAGCAUCCCGUAUCCGAAGGCACCAAAGCUGUCACCAGUAUACCAGCUCCAAGUGGGACACUGUGGCGCCUUGAAAUCCAAAGGCUCUUUUCAGAGCCACCUCUCCCAGCUGGAAAUGGAGCGUGCCGCUUGAUCUACUUGUAA